AAUUUCUAAUCUCUCGCUUUAAAUGUCCCCCGGAGCUGCUUAUCUCCCGCCUUGGCAUCUCCCGAUCGAUUGACUUCUCCCCUUGUCUCUCCACGUUUCUCUCUUUCCUCCUCACCCUCCCUAUUUCCCUCUACCACAAUGGCCUUCAAAAGCGGGUCGUUCGCGACCUUCCUCAUCGUCUGCCCAACCUGUUUCUUCCUGGGCAUUAUCUUCUCCCUCUUCCCAUACGACUACCCAAUCCUCUGGUCAACAAUCACCACCCCAGCCGCCCACUAUGACUACCUGGAGGCGCACCUCCGCUUCCUGCACGCCUCGCCCCCGCUCAUCCCACGCAUUCUGCACAUCGUAAUCUUCCUCGGGCUCGCAGGCCUCCUAACAAAGCUCUACAAACCCUCCGAAUCAAACAUGCUCUUCGACGGCGCUUCCCUAGUCCUCUACAUGUGCGGCAUCACCGUCUACAUCGCCAACAUCGUCAAGGGUCUGCGCCUCGCCUCGGCUGGCCAGUACGGUGCCGAGCUGGCGACCACCGCGGACGAGAAGGACCAGAUUCUUGGCCGCGAGGACUCGCUUAAGGUCCUUUCUGCCUCCAACACCAUCCUUGCCCUUGUGCUAGUCGGUAUCCUCGUUCUGCAGGCUGGUCAGUGGUAUGCGGAGCGCAAGGAUCAGCAGGAGUUCGAGUCGCUUGGCUCUGGGAAGAAGGGUGAGAAGGAGCAUGUUGAUUCGGCUGCUUCGGCUUCCGCUUCGGGGGCUUCCACUGCUACUCCUGCUAAGCCUGGUCGUCAGGGUAGCCAACGGAAGAAGAGUAAUUGAUUCCGGUUGAUGGGUUGUCGUUUACGUUUCGUUUCGUUUCAUUUCGCUUCGUUUCGUUGUCUGUCCCUGGGAUAGUGGUUUGUGGUUGAGGAAGAAAGGGAGUUGCGCGCUGGCUUUCGCUUGGUCUUGUGUUUGGGCUUGCUUUAGGAUUUAUUUGCUUGGUAGCCUACACAGAUACGGGAUUUGCUAUCGCAGGAGAGAAAUAUCUAUCGAAAACACGCCUGUUCUUAUUGAAGGGGUCGUGGGAAUUUCGAUUCUUGUCUAUGUACAUAUGUCCCAUAGAUAUGGUAUGGCAGCUUCAUACAAAAGAUAGCAGAUGAAAAUGCAGGAAUGAGGCAUGAUAUGGGUCCGUGAUGUAUCAAAUGUUGACAAAGCUUUGACAGCGUAGAAUAGGAGGCAUGGACGAAUG